AUGUCGGCCUUGCGCGCCGCUGUCACCAAGGGCGUCCACUUGCGCAUCUUUCCGCGACCGGCCAGCUUGAGUGAGAGUCGCGAGGUUCUGCGCGUGUUGCAGCAGUUCGGCGAGGUCUCCACCUUUAAGAGUUUAAAGUUUGAUCCCUACACGCGCGCUCCCAAUGUCUGCAUGGCCAUUUACGAAAGCGCCGACUCGGCUGCCAAACUGCUCAAGGCGUCCCCGCUUCGUUUCGCCAUUGAGCACGUCGUUCCGGAAACCCACGAUGACGCCGAAGAACCCGCGGACCUGACACAACCUUUGAGUUCACUGGCACCAGGUCAGGUUGAGCCUGCGCAAUCAAUGGAAGAUGCCGAGUUUCAAGAAAACAACGAGCCGAGCAAGGCAGGAGCGGAAGAGAUGAUUCGGCCUUCUCAACUACUGUUUGGUACAAUUGAAUCGUUUGGAAAACCUCAGGGCGAAUUGCAGCAGGAAGAUGCGCAUGCGCUUGCAGAGAACUAUGCGGCAGUCUUGGAGAAGGCAGCUAAAGAGUCGAUUGAACCGGAACCACAAGCCGCGGCUGAUGCGCAACCCGAUACUGCAAAGCCCCAGCCUAGACAUGCGCGCGAGUUCCAUCUCACUGCCGAUGUCCUGGAGAUGAAUCACCGCGACUACAUCGAACGGACUUGGUGGUAUUGGCCAUAUAGGACCAGGACACGCUCGUUUGCUUAUGGAGAUCUUUACGCAAGGGGCGUUCCUGAUGGGAUAGCGGAUAUUCAUACGGACAAGCCACAACAACCUUGGAGAAUUGUCCAGAGGUUCCGCAACGAAAUCGCUGCGCGCCCGAAACUUGGGGAAAUUGGAGAAAUGGACGUGGAUGAGGAGGAUAUUGAUGAAGUGAUAAGUCGAGAGGAGUUGCAUCAUAAGGACGAACGCUCUAAACGGUGAUUCGUCUCAAAUCACACUCGAUGUCCACUGCACCGGCAUGGCUUCCAGCAAUGUUGCGGUCGGAUAUCCGGCAACGCACUUUGCCACUUCAUUCAGCUCAAUCCUUGUUGGACCGCACGUACAAACAGUAAGACUGAACAAUCUGGUUGUUCCUCAGCUGACCACAGCUGAGAUGUAAGUAUACCCCUGCAUUUGUAGACUCAUCAAUCAAUCUUGGCAUUUCUCAUGCCAAGGCCUUUCUUUUUCCAUUGACAGUUCAUGUGAAGUCAUCUCGCGUUAGACAAUCAC